UACCAACUAAUACAACUUGCCUUCUUUCUCCCCUUUUUCUUCUUCCUUCUUAUAUCUUCCCCUGUUUUCUUGAGUUUUUUUUUGCUUACUUAUACAAAUUUCAAGAGGUUAAAUAUUUUAUCUAAAAAAUUCUAACUUGGGUUUUUAUAUUUUAGUGAUAAAGUUAAGUUUUUGGUUCUUGAAUCUCUACUUGGAUCUUCUUCAUAUUGGUGAAUUUUUCCAUUACUCUACUACAAGUAAGAGGUAACUAUGACAGAAUGGUAUUAUGGAAAUGAUGGUGAUGUCGUUGUUCAAAGAGAUCAAGAAUACUUUGACAGGCUUCCAUCACCUGAUAGUUGGUCACAAUGGGAAACUCGUGGAAUAGGAGGGAACUCUGGAUGGCCAAACACCUUUGAUUCAGGUAACUUUGCAAAUGCAAAACCUCAGCAACAAACGUUGUUUGGUAGAACUGGCAACAAAGAGAUUAACGGAGUUCAAUCUCAUGACUCGAGCAAUUUUAGAUCAUCAUCUGAAGAUCCUCAUUUUCUUCGUAGAGCUUCUGCUGCUAGUGCUCGUUCUGAUUACUACUUCAAUGACCUCGCAGAGACUGAUUCAGCGGAUGACAUAUUCUUGAGUUCCUUGCUUGAAGAUGAUGUUCUCCCACUGCAAUCUCUCUACAUUGGAAUGCCAUCUGAAAGCGAUUCAACGAACAAAAUGAUGAAAUUUCAAAGUAUUUCUUGUGAUACAGAUGGAGAGGGAAACUUGACGUGCUUCACAAAUCCCAACCUCUCUUGUUCACAAAGCUCAGAUAAUGAGUAUUCACAUGCAUCUAAACUUAGAACUCGAAACAACUCAGGCCGUAGUAGCUGUCCAUCAGUAGAGGUACCGGAGACUAGGGACCAGGUUCCGUCUAACCAUGAGGAACAAAUGAAGACGAGGAAAUUAGAGGCUAAUGAUUUGUCGUCAAUUGAAGAAUCGGUGCUGAUGGGGCUUGAGACUGUCCUAAACCAGUUGAGUGAUGAGACCCGAAUUUGCCUUAGAGAUUCCAUGUAUCGACUUGCUGAACACUCAGAGCAGCAAACAUCAAAUAAUGCUAUGGCAGACGAGCCUUCAUUGCCUGAAACUAGUGAUGAGUGCUCAAGAUCAAGAACAAUGGAGAUACCUGAAUCAGAAACCAAUGUAAUCGACAGAGCUGUAGCAUACAUGAUGUUUAACAAGGUGAAUGAAAAUGAACAAGAAUAUGUUCCUGCAUUAUCGCCUGAAUAUGUUCAUAAUGGCAUGAACUUUGCAGCAACAAGAGACUCUGAAUCUUCUGAUCUAUUAGCGCAAUGUGAAUCCUACCAGUCAGAUUUCGGUGCUGUUGAAAACACAUUCUAAAGUUUCGACAAAACAUAAUGUAUAUACUUUACUUAAUUUACUUAGGUCAUCAUGCAGGUGCACUGAAUUAAGUUGCAUUUGCUGAAGUUUUGAUCAUUUGCUCACAGUAUAUGAGCUAGUUAGUCAAAUAAGUUGAGGGUGUUAGUUUUGCACAAUGUACUCUAGUUUUAUAUACAUUGGCUUGGUUUACGCGCGAAACAACUAGUCUUGACAUGAAUAUGUGAUCUGGGAUUUACUUUUCCUCUAUUGAACUUCUGAUUCAUUUCUUGCGAGUUUA